GGAAAAGGCACUUGAGGGAUACUGUCAAAGGGUUCAAGAAUUCUGUCCUAAAACACCGGGACCACAAGGACCACCAGGUCCCAAAGGCGAGCCUGGGACACAAGGAUUAAGGGGAUUUCCUGGAAUACCGGGAGAUAUGGGAAACAGAGGUUUUCCAGGGUUACCAGGCAUUCCCGGACAGAAAGGGGAGGCAGGUGCACGAGGUAGCCCUGGAAUUUCAGGGUCAAAGGGUCAGAAGGGUGACAGAGGUCUCGCAGGUACACCAGGUUAUCCAGGUGAAAAGGGAGAGCCGGGACGGCCAGGUUUGGAUGGCAGAGAUGGCAUCCCUGGAGAGCCAGGAUUAUAUGGAAUGCCUGGUCGAAAUGGUCAUGACGGAAUCCCCGGGAAGGAUGGAAUGCCGGGAAAGGACGGAAAGGAUGGGAAAGAUGGUCAGAAAGGUGAAAGAGGAUUUCCCGGUCCCAUAGGGCCUCCAGGACAACGAGGUCUGCCCGGACCCCGAGGAAGGCCAGGAAAACCCGGAAACCAUGGCACACCAGGCAUACCUGGUAUCACGGCAUGGACGAUAACCGACAAAACAAAUGCUACCAAGUACCUCAUACCACCGUCAAUCGCAGGUGCUCAAGCUGGUCCCAUGGGUCCAGUGGUCGUUCUUGAGGGAGAAAACGUACGUCUUCACUGCUCUGCCACUGGAGUUCCAGCUCCACACAUCACGUGGCAAAGGCUAGACGAUCGACCAAUCAACAGAGGUGCCUGGCAAGACAUCCAGGUUUCAGGUGCAACUCUGAACUUGACAAGAGUGAAUCGAGACCACAUGGGAAUGUACCGAUGCAUAGCAGAUAACGGAGUUCCCCCUCAAGCCAAUCAGACGUUCAUCGUUGAGGUCCACUGUGAGUGUUUCAUUUAA